AUGCCGGCUGAAGCUCCUAACUUCUCUGCCAUUCGAGAGAAACUUCAGGAUUGUUUCAGCAAGAGAGCCUGCUUGUGGCAACUCAAAGUUACAGAUGCAUUCCUGCAAAAUGAUCGUGAUAUUAUCUGCAUGGCGGGGACAGGGAUGGGAAAAACACUUGCCUUCUGGUUGCCGUUAGCUCUCAAAAACACGGGUGUCUUAAUCGUCAUGACUCCACUUAACCAGCUAGGGAAACAGAGUGUCAACUUCCUCGAAAAGGCCGGUAUCCCAAGCAUUUCAAUCUCUGCCGAGACAGCAAGCAGAGCAAAUUUCCGUGACAUAGAAGACUUGCAUUACCAUGCGAUUAUAACCAGCCCAGAACAACUGAUGAAGCCAGGUGGAGAAUUUGAGAAGCUGUUGCAAAACAUUGACUUCGCCUCGAAAUUAAUUGGCAUCAUAUUUGAUGAAGCACACUGCAUUGUGACCUGGGGAGAUUUUCGGUCAGAGUACAAGGACUUGGGGCGCUUGCAUUAUAUCCUACCUUGUCAGGUACCUUUCAUGAUCGCAUCAGCAACGUUCACGUCAGAUGCUCUGAGAGACAUACGUAGGCUCCUUCACAUUCGAUCAGAAAAGCUCACCACCAUUCACGUAUCCACGGACCGUGUUAAGACUGUGCACAAAGGGUAG